AUGAGGUUGGUGAAGAGAUGGAGCAAAUCAGCAAGCACAGUUACAUCUGAAAGUGGUGAGCAACAACAUCAGAAGUUAUUGAAUGUAUCUAGUCAAACAGUUAGUCGCACAAGUGGGCUUUUGUCAUCUCUAAAGGUGGUUACUCUUAGAAAAAGUUGUGUUACAAGACAAGCAUUGAGAGUUGAAGUAGUUGGUGGGAGAAAAUUAGAAGGGCGUAAAUCUUUCUCGGGAAAAUCCGGUGUGGGCUCCUCUUCACACCCUGGUUAUAAUGUUAAGAACACGACACUUCGUGCAUCACUGAACAAAGAUGUAACACCUGAUAAUAAUCAAAAUGCCAUGAGAGCGCCUCAAGCAAAUUGCAACAAAGUAAGAAAGUCAAAUAUGUCCAAGGAAUCUACUGCUAAGACUCGGGAUUUGACUUUUAAAUCUGGAUGUGGAAGUAUAAUCAUUGCUGCCGCAAAGUCAGCCCACCUAGAAACUACAAAAUCAAAGGUUAACAAAGUUGUGCAUUCUAAAGCCACGAGGCUACAUAGAGUCAAUGCACAAGAUUCUAUGACUGGUGCUACAAAAGCAAAUGACAAAGUGGGAGUCAACAAAUAUAAUAGACUUGGAAAUGGUAAAGAGAAUGUUACGAGUCAGAGACCAAACACCGGUGCUGGAGGCACGGUUUAGCAGGUUUAGAUAGUGACAAAGCAAAAGAGUAUUGUUCCAAAGGUAUAUCAAUUGUUAGUUAAUUGAUCUCUCAUGUCAUGUUUUCAAUAUAAUUUACUUCUGUUUGAAUCUAUCUAUUCACCUUCAAUCUGCUACUUAGUUUUCAAUCCUGAAUAAGUACAGCAGACUAAACACUCGGCAUAUUUAGUAGGUAAUGAUUUAGUAUGUGCCUGGGAGUUAAGUUCAAACACACUCAUCAUCAUGUGCCAAUUGGAUCUAUAGAAUGAUGUGGAUUUGCAAAAAGAAAAAGUAACACUUUUUCCAUGACUUGAGUCAAUGAGCAAUCAAUUGCAGCAUUUACUGUUACCAACUUGAUGCAUUUAGAUGCAUAUGCAUUUUUUUACUAUGUUAACCACGCAACACUAUGUACCAUAAAUCAUAACAGACCUUAUAAAAGUCAUAUAAAACAAGCUAGAUUUCACACUUGGCUGCUAACCUUUGCUAUAGAGAUUAAAAAUAAGAAGUGAUCUAUUUUACACAAAAAACUGUAAAUGUAAAGGUGAUAAAAAGAAGUGACGAUGAAGAAGAAAAAUAAUUGAAGGAAAGAGAAGAGGAACAAAAUUCUACCUGUGAGCCACACAAUACGAUAGUUCUCAACUAUCUAAGCCCGCAACUCUUACCACAUCACUUCAAACCUACAUUUAUGAAGACAAAAAAAAA